AUGAUAUUACCCCAGUCACCUCAGUCAUCUCAAGACGGUCCCAAAACCACUGGUCUGGCUGGCGUUCCUAUCCCAACGGAGCUCGUCCUGCAAAUUGUCAGAGCCAUUGGCCCACCACCGAAGCCAAGGCCGAUCGAGCAUUCGACGCUUCACGGUGCACUCGAGACUGAGGUGGAGUCCGAUUCAAAUGAAUUAGAAAUAGUGGAGGACUAUUUCUACGAAGACCCCAAGAAGCCAACGCCAACGGACGUUCUUGACGGUAUCACCAACGUCAAAAACCUAACCGUAUCAUGUAGGGCGCUAUACGAGAUCUUGAGAGUUGAGCUGUACAAGAGAAGCGGCCAAGAAGACGACUGGUAUGCGCUUCGAUGGGCCAGCUUCAACGGCAACCUCCGUGCGUUAGAAGCAGCCGUCAAGGCCGGCGCAUCAGUCAACUAUGCCUUCGAGAAAGCGGGAACUCCGAUAGAUAUGCUGAACUACGGACGUGUAGACAAUUCCUUCGGUAAUUUCCCUAGAGUGCCAAGGUCAAAGACAUACAACUUUGGCACGCCCUUGCUCGCGGCGGCGUAUGGUGACGUCAACCGGCGGCACCAGGCCGUCAAGUGGUUGCUGGCCCACGACGCCAACCCCAACGUCACUGACGCCAAUGGCGUCGCGCCACUGCACGUCGUGUGUAGGUGGGGUGUGCGAGCCAGCCAGACCGCCGAACUCCUUCUCAAACGUGGCGCGAAUGCCAACGCCCCAGGUCCUCGCGGGUGGACGCCGCUGCACCUGACCUGCUACUCGCGCAGAUGGCACCCUGAUCCGUCGGACCCUCGACGUUUGUCCCAGCAAAAGCAAGACGCGACCAUGAUACCUACUGCAAAGGAGCUGAUCAAAGCAGGGGCUGACUUGCGGGCAAAGACAACUUCGGGCGGGGCCAAAGAAUCUGGCGAACCCUGCAUCUCUGGCCUGACGCCAUACGAGCUGGCUCUUUACUGUCAGAACAUUACAAUGGUUGAGUUCUUCCCCCAUAUAACCGACAUUUUCAGUCUUGCCGCUACCCCGAGAGCUAUCCUAUCUGCAAGCGGCUCGUCGACUCUUCACAUCCAUAAUACCGCCGACCCUACCAUCCCAAUCACGCAAUCCCUCAGCGGUGCACACAAGCUGGGCUGCCACCACAUCUGUACCUCCCGUAAUGGUCUUGUUGCUGCAAGUGCAGGCUUCGCCGGCGAGGUGAAGAUCUGGGUCAUCAACAAGGACACGAGCGAGUGGAAGCUGCACUCGGAGAUCACAAACAAGGCAGCCAAGGCUGGCGAGGUCUGGGCCAUUGCUCUUAGUGAGGAUGGAAAAUUCCUUGCGGGAACGACAUACGACGGCCGCGUGAAUGUCUGGGACGUUGGCGAAGAAGGUACGCCCAAAAUCAGAGAGUACGAGACGGGAAGCCCGGGCUCGGGAAGCUUUGGCUUGUCAGUCGACUUGAGCCGUGAUGGACGGUACACUGCAAGUGGCCACCAGAAUGGUGCUGUCUACGUCUUCAACAACGACAACGGAAAGUUGUUAUUUUCACUACCAGGCCUGGUGAAAUCUGUCCGCUCUGUCGCAUUCUCUCCCGGUAACACAAGACUCGCUGCUGCUGGCGACUCAUCCAUUAUUGCGCUCUACGACAUCAAGAAUGGCGAGCAAGUCGGCAACAUGACUGGCCACGCUUCAUGGAUUACAUCCGUUGACUGGAACGACACUGGCGAGUACCUGCUCAGCGGAGCAAUGGACGGCAAGGUCAAGGUCUGGUCUAUAGAGCGUAGCGCCUGCGUCGCGACGCACAGCGAGACUGACAAGGCUCUGUGGGCUGUCAAGUGGCUUCCAAAGACGGGGAAGAACGAGUCUUUCUGUACAGCGGGCGCCAACAGAAGCAUCUCGUUUUAUAGAGAAGCCACGGGUGCAUAA